UCACUUCGUUCACAAACAGAUAUUAUGAUCAGAUUUGUUCCAUUGAACCUAAGUUCCCAUUUUCUGAAAAUCAGAUCUGCUUGACAUUUACCUGGAAGGAUGCUUUUGAUAAAGGUUCACUUUUUGGAGGAUCUGUAAAGUUGGCUCUUGCAAGCUUAGGAUAUGAAAAGAGCUGUGUGUUGUUCAAUUGUGCAGCCUUAGCUAGCCAGAUUGCAGCAGAACAGAACCUGGAUAAUGAUGAAGGAUUGAAAAUCGCUGCUAAGCAUUACCAGUUUGCUAGUGGUGCCUUUUUACAUAUUAAGGAGACGGUUUUAUCUGCCUUAAAUCGGGAGCCUACUGUGGACAUAUCUCCAGAUACUGUUGGGACCCUCAGUCUUAUUAUGCUGGCUCAGGCCCAAGAAGUAUUUUUUUUAAAGGCCACAAGAGAUAAAAUGAAAGAUGCCAUCAUAGCUAAAUUGGCGAAUCAGGCUGCAGAUUAUUUUGGUGAUGCUUUCAAGCAGUGUCAGUAUAAAGACACUCUCCCUAAGGAGGUGUUCCCUGUCUUGGCUGCCAAGCACUGUAUCAUGCAGGCCAAUGCUGAGUACCAUCAGGCUAUCCUGGCAAAACAGCAAAAGAAAUUUGGAGAAGAGAUUGCAAGGUUACAGCAUGCAGCAGAAUUGAUUAAAACAGUGGCAUCUCGCUAUGAUGAAUAUGUCAAUGUGAAGGAUUUUUCUGACAAAAUCAACCGUACCCUUACUGCAGCAAAGAAAGAUAAUGACUUCAUAUAUCAUGAUCGAGUUCCAGACCUCAAAGAUCUAGAUCCUAUUGGCAAAGCUACACUUGUGAAAUCUACCCCGGUCAAUGUACCCAUUAGCCAAAAAUUCACUGAUCUGUUUGAGAAGAUGGUUCCUGUGUCAGUGCAGCAGGCUUUGGCUGCCUACACUCAGAGGAAAGCUGAUUUAGUUAACAGAUCAAUUGCUCAAAUGAGAGAAGCCACCAAUUUGGCAAAUGGGGUGUUAGCUUCCCUUAAUCUUCCAGCAGCAAUUGAAGAUGUAUCUGGAGAUACCGUACCUCAGUCUAUAUUGACUAAGUCCACGUCUGUGAUUGAACAGGGAGGCAUCCAGACUGUAGAUCAGUUGAUCAAAGAGCUACCUGAACUACUACAAAGAAAUAGAGAAAUCCUAGAUGAGUCAUUAAGAUUGUUGGAUGAAGAAGAAGCCACUGACAAUGACCUAAGAGCAAAAUUCAAGGAGCGGUGGCAAAGGACAGCAUCCAGUGAGCUCUAUAAGCCUCUGAGAGCAGAGGGAACCAACUUCAGAGCAGUUUUGGAUAAAGCUUUGCAAGCAGAUGGACUGGUGAAGGAGCGAUAUCAGUCGCACCGUGACACCAUUGCACUUUUGUGUAAGCCAGAGCCUGAGCUGAAUGCUGCUAUCCCUUCCGCUAACCCAGCAAAGACCAUGCAGGGCAGCGAGGUUGUAAAUGUAUUAAAAUCCUUAUUGACAAAUCUUGAUGAAGUAAAGAAGGAAAGAGAGGGUCUAGAGAAUGACCUGAAAUCUGUGAAUUUUGACAUGACAAGCAAAUUCUUGACUGCUCUGGCUCAAGAUGGUGUGAUAAAUGAAGAAGCUCUUUCUGUUUCUGAGCUGGAUCGAAUCUAUGGAGGUCUUACGACUAAAGUCCAAGAAUCUCUAAAGAAACAGGAAGGACUUCUUAAAAAUAUUCAGGUCUCACAUCAGGAGUUUUCGAAAAUGAAACAAUCUAACAAUGAAGCUAACUUAAGAGAAGAAGUUUUGAAGAAUUUAGCUGCUGCAUAUGACAGCUUUGUUGAACUUGUAGCUAAUUUGAAGGAGGGCACAAAGUUUUACAACGAGCUGACUGAAAUCCUGGUCAGGUUCCAGAACAAGUGCAGUGAUAUAGUGUUUGCAAGGAAGACAGAAAGAGAUGAGCUCUUGAAGGACUUGCAACAAAGCAUUGCCAGAGAACCUAGCGCUCCUUCAAUUCCUACACCUGCGUAUCAGUCCUCUCCAGCAGGGGGACAUGCUCCCACUCCUCCAACUCCAGCGCCAAGAACGAUUGCGCCUAGUAAGCCUCAGCCCCCAGCCCGGCCUCCACCUCCUGUGCUUCCAGCAAAUCGAGCUCCUCCUGCUACUGCUUCAGCUCCAGCAGGGACUGGGAUUACUGCACCUGCGCCAUCACAGACUCCUGGCUCAGCUCCCCUUCCACAGGCCCAGGGACCCCCCUAUCCCACCUAUCCAGGAUAUCCCGGGUAUUGCCAAAUGCCCAUGCCCAUGGGCUACAAUCCUUAUGCAUAUGGCCAGUAUAAUAUGCCAUAUCCAGCAGUGUAUCAUCAGAGUCCUGGACAGGCUCCAUUCCCAGGAACCCAGCAGCCUUCAUACCCUUUUCCUCAGCCCCCACAGCAGCCUUAUUAUCCACAGCAGUAAAAUGUCAGCUCAGAAGCUCAGCUGGUUCAGUUCAAAGGGAAAGAAAUGCCAGUCCUGCAAUAAGUGUACUAAGCUCCACGCUCUGGUUAAUAUAAUGUACUCUACUGUACUGAAUGCAGUGCAUAAUUUCUGUCUGCGGCUAAAAACUAAAAGCUGUGCCCCAGUUCCACAUUUGAUUGCACAUGUGAGAUUUGCUGCUAUUGCAGUAUUAUAAACACUAGAUAUAAUAGGAUUUGAAAUAAAUUAUAUCACAGUUCAUGAAAGUAAAAAAUGAGAAAUUAAA